GUUUUAAACGCGUUACGGGGAGUGUGUCCGGUCCGCCAUUUCUACAUCCCAUCCGUGCCUCUGUUUUCAUCUCCUUAAGACUUUCACCUUGUCAUUCGGUGCAGUGUGGAAGACAAGUUCUUCCAGCACUUCAUCGAAGAAAUGCCAAGGCCCAUCCUUCUUUUCUUCUGAGACUACAGCCUGGAUGUUUCGGAAGGGCAGAAACCAGCGUCUCAAGCCAGCGAGUCUGCAAUCCGUCAGCUGACACCAUGGCUGACACAGUGAGAAAUGGAUUGCUGUUGUUCGUGGUCUUUGUCGCCGUCUCGUCAGUUGAUGGUGCAGGAGAUGUGGUUUGUCCCGACAAAAAGGACGUCGAAUGCACGUUAAAGAUCCUGUACGAGGGCAAGGACGUUUCCUGCAAUCAGGUUCCGGAUAUGAAUCUGGCAAACCUCCAGCCAUCAAAUGGCCCGGUUGGUCCAGCACCGCAACCAAUACUUACGCCCUGUUAAUGCUGGAUCCUGACCUAUCUUAUGCGUGCCAGUCGAGUACCACGUACUAUGUACACUGGUGUGUCGAGCUCAAAAUCACAAGUGCUGACGGUAAUGCGGAGAUAACGAAAACAGCCAAGGGUGGACAUUAUCGUCCCCCCUACACCGCCCAAAAGCGAAACACACCGCUACCAGUUUCAUCUGUACCAGGCCGACGAUGGAAUUGGCGAGAAUGUUAUAAUACCCGAUAUACCAAUAAUAAAUUUCGCCGCAAUGCCACUUGCCCCCACGUUUCUAAACGAUUUAAAAGCGACUUUUCAGUUUAAGUUCUCAGAAGCCAAAUCUGGCCCAGCACAACCCACACCCACACCUACACCCACACCCACACCCACACCCACACCUGCUCCGACCAAAGCACCACCUGCCAAGAAUUGCGCAGCCCAGUGCAGCCUACUCUUGUGGAACUUCCUGCUUAUAGUCUUUUUGAAAUAUUCCAUAUGCCUAUUACUUUAAAUUAAAAAAAACUCUCGGCUCGGUGUGUAUAUAUAUAUAUGCAUUGACUAAAAUUGCUACAUCAACCGCGCAGUUUUCUUUUUUUGUAAAACCUUUCUUAUCGAAAAGAUCAAAAAUUGUUUUCUAUUUUUCAACACCACGGUGAACUGGUAUGGUCACAUUAUUCCCAAAACUAAUCACCGUAUCUUGCAGCAGCAGCUUGUAAUGAGAGACUAAGUUUGGUUUCUUCAAAGUCGAGGCAGGUGAACUUCUAUUUAUUUUUUUUUUUUAUUUUUUUUUAUUUAUUUAUUUUUUUUUUUGGCAGAAGGUAAAAAAAUAAAUGCGUACAAAACAGGAUCUGUUGUUGAAUAAUUUUUUUCGAACGUUCAAAACACUUCAUGCAGCUUACGUUUCAUUUCCACCCCCAAAUUUUCUGUAGUUAAAGAACAAGGCAGCUGGAAUGACUAGGUUGUGAGAGACUGGACUGAUUCCUCUCAACCUUUCGGGUUGCAAAAGAAUCGUUUACUAACAACCGUUUUUAAAGCGCAGCCCUCGGACGGUACAAGGAGUCUGGCAUCUUUUCUUGACGUCAUGGACACCCUCUGGUGCUUCUACAGUCGACACAGUUUGCAGGAAUGGGUAAAUGAUUCCUUAGCGGACUGGGGAAAGUUAGGGAGCAGGCUCCGAGAAAAGUGAUGUCUCUAACAUCUCCCUCCCCAACUACUUGAAAAACAUCAGGGGACGACUUUUACCUUUUAUUAGUAUGUCUUCAAUUAGAAUUGUUUUCAAAACCUCGUGGGUACAGAAUCCAGCGGCAGAAUAUGCUCUGACAGCAAAUUUCUCUAUUAUAAGCGAGAAUAGGUUGGUGACCAUCAAAUUAUUAUUUCACGCGACAGUAGUUAUAGAAGUAAUCUCAACGUUAAAUAAAAGUCGCCUAGCAACAGAGGCUUUAAUUGUAGA